CGCCCUGCGGUGGCCUCCAGCCAGCUCUGGCGAUUUACUUUGGGCUGAAGGGUCCGGGGAACUCAGCUGGGCGCGCGCCCGUCCUUUCUUUUCUCUGUGCUGCGGAUCUAGGUUGGGGGGCGGAGUGCGCGGUGUGGGGGGAAGGGCCCUCGGCCGCUGCGGCCCAGGUUUGUGUAACUGGUUCUUGUGGAAAACGACCAGUUGCUCCCUUCGGUGUCCCAUUACCCUGCCUGGGGUAUCCACCGCGGAGCAUUAGACCGUCUACCCCGGUUGUGUCGCGCUUCCACUGUCCUCCUGGAAGGCCUGGGAAUAUGUGCUGUCCCUUGGAGUGCGGGACACGCCGCCCCUCGUUCUCCUCUUCGAGGCAGUAUUCAUCCAGAGGAAAAAAACAGAGAUCGACCACUUAAGAUGUGAAAAGUGCUCUUCUAAAGGAUUGUUUUUACAAAAUGGAUCGGAGUAAACGAAAUUCAAUAGCAGGAUUCCCACCACGCUUAGAGCGCAUUGAAGAUUUUGAUGGAGGUGGCGGAAGUGAUGGGACCAUGUCCCAGAUGGGCAGAGUUUGGACUUCUUCAUAUAAAGCCUUGAUAAGUGCCUUUUCAAGACUUACAAGACUUGAUGACUUCUCUUGUGAGAAAAUAGGAUCUGGUUUCUUCUCUGAAGUAUUCAAGGUACGACACAGAGUAUCGGAUCAAAUCAUGGCCCUGAAGAUGAAUACACUAAGCAGUAAUCGUGCAAAUAUGUUGAAAGAAGUUCAGCUCAUGAAUAGACUUUCACAUCCAAACAUAUUAAAGUUUAUGGGUGUCUGUGUACAUCAAGGACAAUUGCAUGCCCUUACUGAGUACAUCAACUGUGGUAACCUGGAACAGUUGUUAGAUAGUAAUCAGCACUUGUCCUGGACAGUGCGAGUAAAGCUGGCAUUGGAUAUCGCUCUUGGACUCAAUUAUCUUCAUUAUAAGGGAAUUUUCCACAGAGAUUUGACUUCCAAGAACUGUUUAAUAAAAAAUGAUGAGAAUGGAUAUUCUGCUAUAGUAGGUGAUUUUGGCUUGGCAGAGAAAAUUCCUGAUUAUAGAAGUGAGAAGUUGCCAGUGGUAGGUUCUCCUUACUGGAUGGCACCUGAAGUGCUGCGUGAUGAGCCAUAUAAUGAAAAGGCAGAUGUGUUCUCAUAUGGGAUCAUCCUUUGUGAGAUUAUUGCAAGGAUCCAGGCAGACCCAGACUAUCUCCCUCGAACAGAGAAUUUUGGACUGGAUUAUGAUGCCUUUCAGCACAUGGUGGGAGAUUGUCCUCCCAACUUUCUCCAGUUAGCCUUCAACUGCUGCAAUAUGGACCCAAAGUUACGUCCUUCAUUUACUGAUAUUGUCAAAACACUGGAGGAAAUUCUGAGCAAUUUGAAAAAAGAAGAAGAUGAAAGAGAACGAAAGCUUCUAAAUCUGGAUGCUGCAGAUCGAAAACCCAUCUCUGUUUCCAAAGGAUUGCUAGAGAGGGGACAAGGUAUCAAAAGGCUGAGCUCAUUGGAUGACAAGAUUCCACCUAAAUCACCCCGACCACGGCGCAACAUCUGGCUAUCACGCAGUCAGUCAGACAUCUUCUCUCGGAAACCUUCCCGCAAGAUAAAUGUUCAGGACCCAUAUUAUACACCAAGCAAAGGGGCAAGCCGAAAAGUCAACCCUUUCAAUUCUAGGGAAGACUUGAAAGGAGGGAAAAUAAAAUUUUUUGACUUGCCUAGCAAAUCCGUGAUAUCUCUUGUAUUUGACCUGCACUCUCCAGAAGCAAGAGGAUGUCCAAAAAUGAGCCAGCCGCUGUUCAAGCACACCUAUGCCUGUGAUUGGCAAGACUCUUCUUUCUUUCCUGGGAGGAGAAGCAGAUCACUUCCAGUUUCUCCGGAAUUUGUUCAUAAAGAUUAUAAUACAUUUGGAGAUCUCUCUUCAACGGUCAGUAGCUGUGAUCCCACCCAGCUAGGGGCUGAGGUGCGCCAGAGGCUGCUAUGCAGUAAUAAGUACGGUGUAUCUGAGAUCCCCCCUUUCCAGGUUAAACAACGUCAUCCUCCACUUCUGCAAGAGGAGGAAAUGGAUUGUUCUGAUGAAUUGGAGCCUCCAAACAAAAAUGGGUUUUCUGUAAAAUGUUCCGUUGAAGAGGCAGAACUUGGGAAGCCUGAGGGACAAGUGCUGCAAGACACUUCUGGCCAAGUGGCUAAUAUCUUAGUACACAAUUUAGACUACCCAGAAAAUCAAUUCCCAGAAAUGUUCAUGAGCUGUACCACCUCUGAAGAAAUGGAGGUGGAAGAUGAAACUCAAAGGAAUAUGCCUUCCGCUAAAUUGGAAUCUUCUAAACGGUUGCUCAGUAUUAAUCCUUCCUCACAGCAAGGCAGAGACUCUACUUUCCUUGAAGUGGUAGAUAGCGACACUUCAAAUGUUUCUCUGCUGCCUUCAGACACAUCAGCAUCAAUAAGUGGACAGCCGAAAUGUGACAUUUAAAAGUCAACCAUUGGCUGAUGGUGAUGAUGAUACACUCCCACUAACUACUCUGGUUUUAACUUUUGUGUCAAAUGUCUCUAAAACCGUGUAGCAAUGUUACCAGUCCAUUUGAUAAUUCUAAAAUGUAUUAUGAGAGAUUGUAUGCAUGCAAGGAUGUAUGAAAGGAGUUCUCAGCAUACCUCAGGAAAACGCUAAUAUAGGAAUAAGGUUUGCUGUUGAAUGCCUGAUUUAUGCAGGGUCACAAUUAUAGAGAUAGUGGGAUUAUGGGCAUCUCUCUGUGUUUCUGUUUGUGUUAUUCAUACUGUUUAGGUUGUUAAAUGUUUUUAAGAACUUAGUAUCUCCUUGAACCUUUAAAAUCUUUGUCUCAUUAGCAGUAAAUGCCAAGCAGCAAUAAAUAUUUAUAUGGACUAUAUUUAAAACAAGUAGUACCCUGGGGGCAGAUCAUCCUAAACUGGUCUUAUCCUGGUCAACCUUCAAAGUAUGAAUUUUAAACCCAAGUAUUCUGAACAAUGUCCAUUGUUGAAAUACUCUGGGAAUUGAAGUUUAUACUUUUGGAGGUUGCUUAAAAUUAAAGACAGUUGAUUUAGACCUUACUGGACUACAACCACAACUGUUCUGGCCAUUAACAAGGGCUGAUGAGUUGGAUUUCACUAUUACCACUGGUUACCCAAAUAUUUGUACAAGACUUUCUGUCACGGGAAUUUUAGUUUAAAAAAAAAAACCAGCUACUCUGUAAGUAGUUCAACGUAUCAAACCAUUUCUACAAUACUCAAAAAAACUUGGUCCAUGAUUGGAAGAAAACAUUUUUGGAUUGAUUCAUUUUCAGAAUAUCCUAUUUUGGAUCAAAAUGUUCCAAAAUAGAAUGUUUUGCACAUA